UUUUCAGCCAGGGGUGUAUGAGUGCACAGAGGAGAGCACACUCACAGAGACAGAUUAGAGUCAGUGAAGGAGGCAGCGGAGGACAAUAAAGGAUUAAAAGAAAGAAACAACAAGGGGGAAACAAUGUACAAGUGAUGGCGAGGAAACCAAAAGAGAGGAAAAAAUGAAAGAAGACAUCCCAGUGUAUAGAAGUCAAAGGAUGUGGGACCUUUGCCCUGGACAGUGAGAGUGGGAGGCAGUGGCACAGAAAUUAAAAUUACAUCAAGUGACUAAAAAGAACAGCUAACUUACAGGUGGUCUCCCGAGGGUUCCAAACACCACAUUCAUGGUGGUCACCUGAUGUUUGGGAGCAGGGCAGAGAUGUGAAUGACUGCCGGUGCCAUGGGAACAAGUAGGUGCAACAGGUACAGUAUUGUGUCAGACAUUAUACCAGAGGACGAACACCUGAAACUCUCUACUUUAAGACUCCGUAACGGCCUCAGUUCAUCCAACUGCUGCCUGCAAUCGGCCUGUGACGCAGAAGCAGAAGAAAGUAGGAGGAGGUCAGGAGCCUCUGCUGUCGUGCCCAACACAAGGGAACAAGAAGGGAUGAACAACUACAACGGAAAGAUUCUGACAAGGGGCUCCAACCAAACACGGAGCCGGUUUGUGAAGAAAAAUGGACAAUGUAAUGUUGUAUUCACCAACAUGGAUGAAAAGAGGCAGCGCUACCUUGCUGACAUCUUCACUACCUGCGUGGACAUCCGCUGGAGAUACCUGCUGCUCAUAUUCUGCACCAGCUUCAUGCUCUCCUGGCUUUUCUUUGGCAUUAUCUUUUAUAGCGUCUCCCUGGCUCAUGGGGACUUUGAGGAGACCUCUAUGAUCACAGUGGGUGGCCAUCUGGGACCCACCUCCGGACACACAGGUGGAGGGCAGUCGCAAAAGAUGCCCUGCAUACUUCACGUCCAUGGGUUUGUUGGGGCUCUCUUGUUCUCCAUGGAGACCCAAACAACCAUUGGCUAUGGCUGGCGCUGCGUUACUGAGGAGUGCCCAGUCGCUGUGAUCACAGUAGUUAUUCAGUCCAUUGUGGGCUGCAUCAUUGACUCUUUCAUGAUUGGCACCAUCAUGGCCAAGAUGGCUCGGCCAAAGAAGAGGAACCAGACCCUCAUGUUCUCCAAAAACGCUGUCAUCUCCUUGCGUGAUGGCAAGCUGUGCCUCAUGUGGAGGGUUGGCAACCUGCGGAGGAGCCACAUUGUGGAGGCUCAUGUCCGUGCUCAGCUCAUACGCUCCUAUGUCACAGCUGAAGGGGAGUUUAUCCCAAUGGAGCAGAUGGACCUCAAUGUGGGCUAUGAUGAGGGUACAGACAGACUGUUUCUAGUAUCUCCACUGGUAAUAGUCCAUGAGAUUGAUAAAGACAGCCCUCUCUAUAACUUCAGACGAGCAGAUUUGGAGGCGGAUGACUUUGAGAUUGUUGUGAUCUUGGAGGGGAUGGUGGAGGCCACAGCCAUGACCACCCAAUUCCGCAGCUCCUAUCUCGCCAGAGAGAUCUUCUGGGGCCACAGGUUCGAGCCUGUUAUUUUUGAGGACAGAGACCGUUAUAAGGUAGACUACGCCCGCUUCCACAACACCUAUGAGGUGCCAUCGACGCCCCAUCUCAGCGCCAAAGAGCUGGAUGAGGCAGCAAGCCGGGCCUCUUCUGCUUCUCCGACCUCUGCAUGCCAAGCCACCCAUAACCUGAUGCCACACUCACUGAGCGCCUUCUGCUACGAGAACGAGGUAGCUUUGAGUGGUGGUGAGGAGGAGGAUGACAUCUUUGAAUCUUCUCAGGUCAUAGGGAAGGAGAAGGCAGAGGAGAGGAGGACUUCAGUUUCUGUUGACUUCCAAAAUAUGUUCCAGGACAAUGCGACCAUGACAUCAGGCGGUCAUAACGUCAUGUGUGUCCUGGAUAUGGACAAUAACCAGAUGGAAUUUGACAUCCUACAGACUGCCAUUCCACUUGAUCCAGUGACCUAUAAGAGUGAGCAGGAGAUCUAAGGAUUGUACAGGGAUCGUCUCCCAUGUUCUUCUUUUGACAUCAACAAAUCUUUCAGUAAAACCGAGGAGGGAUUUCUUACCACAGUGAUUUAACCCCAUUUGCCUUGCCAGUGUUGUCAUAUGUUUAUGCUUUCUUUUCCUCAUGGAGAUUAAAAGUGAUGAAAAAAUGUUUUUUCUUAAAUAUGUUGUGAAACAUGGAGCUGCAGUUUUGAAGAGCCAUAACAAUCCAGAUUGAUUCUGCAGGUCAAAGAGUCCUUGAAAAAGCUCCGACACACAUUUGGUUUCAUUUGUCAUGAUUUGUCAACCAAAGGAAAGCACAAAACCAGAGAAGUCCGGAAACUUGAAGUUGUGUUGUAGACUGUGUGUACAUUUUGCAUCAUUCAUAAGUAAAUAUAUGAAAGAGAUUUCAAGAGAAUUCAUGAAAGCAAUAGCAGAUAAUUCUCUUCCUUUUUUUUUUUUUUUUUUUUUUUUUGUAGGACAGAUGAGCUUAAAAUGCCAUGUGGACAAUUUUUGCUUGAUAUUCCUCAUUUUUCAUGCCUGCACUAGUUUCUUGCAAAGUUUUGCUAUUUGCACUUUUGUGAGACUGCCUGUUUUGGUAAAUCUUUUCAUAAAAAAAUUCACAAAAUCUCUGUUUAACUAGAGAAACUACUGAUGUUGAUUUUGCUGUGCAGUAUACCAAGAAGACCAUUCCAAGUGCAAUCACUCAGUGUAGCAGGUGGAAUAUUUACUGAAUGCGGUAAAGGUUCCUUUAGAAAGUAUCCUCGAACAAAUGUCUCAAUUUACUAUUAUUUACAGAAAAAUGACUGAACUUUAAAACUUUUAUUUCCUAGUAAAUAUACUAAAAUCAAAGAAUAUGUAACAGUUUUCAGAUUGAGAUGCUGAAUUUUAGCAGAUUGCAGUUUUAAAAUGUAGUUCAUAUUAAUAUUUUAGUGUUAUUUUAAAAGAAAAGUUAGACUUUUGUUACCUUCAUGGAUUAUUUCCAAACCUUUUUCUUGGUUUGUUUCUCGUGGAAAUUGUAGCCAGUGAAAACAGGAACAAUACUGAGAAGUGGCUUUGUCUCAUGUCUGUGUUAUUGUUGUUCGCCAAAGGUCUGGGGUUGGAAAGUAAAGCACAGAGAGCCUUUGGAAACGAAGGUGCAUGCAGCCUAAGUGUACUAAAUGUCUCUGAUAGUGGAAAGGUGUGAAGCCACUGUGAAGUACCAAAGGAAACAAAGGGACGAGGGAUAAGGGGGAAAGUGUACAAUAGGUUAUGGGACACUGAAGAUAAAACCUGUAGAGUGUAAAAGUUCUAAAAUAGAUUCAAUAAAAAUAUCUCCCUAUUUUUCCCAGAUCUGAUUUUAACUUUAUGUUAAAUGUGACAAAUUUCACUCAUCUGAUUCUUUAAUGAUCUGUGUAGCCAUUGUUAGGAUUUCAAAUCAAUGUUUCAUCACCCUCCAUUUCUUUUAUUGCUCCUCCGUUGACAAUUAUUUCUUAAUAUGUUUUUGCUGAUGGCAAAACUUGUGCAGGUGUGUAUAAAAAAACAGACUGACUAAGUGAAGCUGCAUGUAAUAGUAUGAAAGUGUUUGCUUUAUUCUCAUCGAUGUGAGUCUUUGUUUUUGCCAUUAGUUCUGUCUUUGUAUACCUUGUCCCUAAUUCCUAAUCAGGGCUAUUAAUUACAUGUAUUUUAGAUUUAAGUGCACUGAAAGAGCCAUCCCCUAUAUGUGUAUAAGUCGGUUUGGCAGUGCAGUAUAUUCUCUGAUCCAAUGUAAUAACAAGCCAGUUAACACUAUAAGAUACUCUAUAUCUCAAACACACAUAAGUCAUAAUGGAUUUAUAAUCAAAUUGCUAUAGAUUGUGAGGAUUUGCAAAAUAUACAAUGCUAACAAGGGUUGAUUGUUGGUUUUGAACUGUGUAACUAUUUAACAAUUCUACGUAAGUAUGGACAGAGAACCAACUGAGGAGAACAAUGGAAAUAAAUUUUAUGUAACAGAAAAUGUAUCUUUGCCGCAAAGUCUUCCUGCUUUGUGUAAAUCUGACAAAUUUCCACCCCCUGCUUUGAGAUAAACAUGCACAACUACUGCUCUAAAUGGAAAGAAAUCUUAAUUACAAAGCACUUUAUUCUUACAUGUGCACAUUUGAUGUUGCAAAUAAAUAUUUCUAUGAUUUAAUAUGUUUUUCCUUUUAAAAACUUAUCCUUGUAAAGGAUUACUAGAACAUUAUUAAAGUCUGCAGACUGAA